AUGCCUUUCAGGGUAGUUAUCAUCGGAGGCGGCCUCGCGGGCAAUCUUCUUGGCUGCGGGCUCAUGAAGGACAGUGUAGACGUGAAAGUUUACGAGCGCGCGGAACGUCAUUCCACGCGUGAAGGUCUUCAAAUCCGCCUCACAUCACCGGCAUUGGCUGGCAUGCGGGCGUGUCUCGAGACCGACCACAUGCUGUCCAUUAUCAAGAAGUUCGGCCCAGCCACUGAGGCUAAGGCUGAAGCCCCCCGAAUCUUCCACAAAGACUGGACGCAGCUCAUGGAUUUGAGCCGCUUCCAAGCCUACGGCAAAAACGCACCUAUCACACGGGGCCUCUUACGCGAUUGUCUCGCUGACCCCCUUUACGAGGCUGGCAAGCUUCAGUACGACACCGCCAUGGAGCGUUACGAAAUUUUGAACCCCGGCUCCAACGAUGAGAGGGUCCGCGUCUGGCUGAGUGACGGAUCCUACGACGACUGUGACGUCCUCAUCGGGGCGGAUGGUGGCUACUCGAAGGUUAACAAGUUGGUCGGCCUUGAGAGUCUCGACUACAUCCCCAGGCAUGUAACCCUCGCCGCCAAAUGUAGUCUACCAGUCCAACGGUUCGCGACCAUGUCCAAGGAGUUGCUUGGUGGGCCAGUGAUGUGCUGGGCGGAUAACAGGCAUAUCUUUUUCGGAGUGUAUCUUCCGAAUAGGAACGUCGGGGAAGAAGGAAAGAAAGCAGGCCGGGAGUAUGACGAGGACGAAGCCUCGUGCAUGCUCAGCCUAGCUGUCACGAGAGAAAUGUUGCCAAAGGAUAUUCAUGAGCGCUCUCUAGACGGGCAAUACGACUUUUUUGCGGAAGUCAUCAAGGAUUGGGCGGCACCGUUCCACGAGAUGAUUGACCUUAUGAGAGGCGCUCCUCUCCACAUCUAUGUGCCCAGGGUGGCAAAGCGACCGGUUAAGAACUGGCGGCAGAACAUCCGGACGGAAGAUAAGCCAGAGCUCGGUCACCCUCGAAUUUGGCUAAUGGGCGACGCUAUUCACGCCAUGCUACCGCCUCGUGGCCAGGGCGGAAAUCAAGCCAUGUAUGACGCCGGCAAGAUACUUCCAUUUUUGACAGGGUUAGCGAGCCAAUAUUCCGGCAAGAAUGGCGUGUCGACUGAAGAAAUGGCCAAGGCAGUCAUUCAGUAUGAGAGUGAGAUGAUACCCCGAGCGUUUGACUGGGUGAGAAAGAGCGGCGGUGAUAACUUCAUUUGA